AUGUCAGAUUGGGCAAUUAGCGCUACUCUGUUCUGCUGCCCCUCACCCAAGGAGCAGAAACCUAUUUACUACGUUAGCAGAGCGUUAGCAGAAGUAGAAACAAGGUAUUCAAAUAUGGAGCUAACAGCCUUGGCCCUUCGAAGUGUCGCCCAGAAACUUCGCCCUUACUUCCAAGCCCACCUAGUGGUCGUGCUAACCGACCAACCCCUUUGCAACAUACUGCACAAGCCAGACCUAACCGGAAGAAUGCUUCAAUGGGCCAUAGAGUUGAGCAAAUUUGGAAUCGAAUUCCAACCCAAGCUAUCCAUGAAAGGCCAAGUGAUGACUGAUUUUGUGCUGGAGUAUUCCCGAAGGCCUAUCCAGCGCGAGGAAUCAAGUAAAAAAGAAUGGUGGACUUUGCGGGUUGACGGAGCCUCCCGGUCGUCAGGAUCCGGAGUAGGGCUCCUGCUGCAAUCCCCAACAGGAGAACAUCUGGAGCAAGCCAUCCGACUGGGGUUCCCCGUCUCUAACAAUGAAGCGGAAUAUGAGGCCAUCCUAUCCAGAUUGGACCCCGCCCUGGCUCUAUCCGUCUCCAGGCUCCAGGUCUAUAGUGACUCCCAACUUGUGGUAAGGCACGUCCAGAAGGAAUACGAAACCAAGGAUGAGCGCAUGGUGCGAUACUUGACCAAAGUAAGAGACACCUUACAGCGGUUCACCGAAUGGACGAUUGAAAAAAUCAGGUGGACUGAAAAUUCAUGUGCAGACGCCCUAGCAGGCAUAGCUGCUUCCCUCCCCAUCAAAGAAGCCAUAUUAUUGCCUAUACAUAUGCAAGCCAACCCCUCUGUCACACAAGCCUCCACUUGCAAUACCAUUGAGGCAAACCAAGUAGACGACAAAGGUUGGAUGGAAGUCAUCAUAAAAUAUCUCCUGAUAGGCACUUUGCCCGAAGAACCCAAGCAAGCACACAAGAUCCGGGUACAAGCCGCCCGCUUCACCCUGAUUAGGGGGCACCUGUACAAGCGAUCCUUUACAUGCCCCUACCUCAGAUGCCUAAACCACUCAGAGGUGUUGUAUGUAUUGGCUGAGUUGCAUGAGGGGGUAUGUGGAAAUCAUUCCGGCGGUCAGUCUCUGGUGCACAGGGCCCAUUCGCAAGGAUAUUACUGGUCCACAAUGAAGAAGGAUGCGACACCUAUGUCAAAAAAUGUGACAAAUGUCAAAGGCAUGUUCCCAUACCACAUGUGCCCUGAAGCAUACGCUAACAUCAAAGACAAAGAUGUCACCAAGUUCGUAUGGAAGAACAUCAUCUACCGCUUUGAAAUCCCCCAAACCAUCAUAGCCGAUAACGGUCCGCAGUUUGAUAGCAAAGUUUUAUGGAAUUUCUGUUCAGAACUAAACAUCCGGAAUUCAUACUUCACACCACGUUAUCCUCAAAGCAAUGGCCAAGCGGAGGCCACAAACAAGACACUGAUAACUGCCUUAAAAAAGAGGCUCGAGCAAGCUAAAGGAAAGUGGGUGGAGGAGCUACUUGGCGUCCUAUGGGCCUAUCGAACCACACCUGGACGUCCGACAAGAAAUACUCCCUUCGCCCUCACAUACGGUAUGGACGCAGUCAUUCCUACUGAAAUAGGGCUACCCACUAUCUAG